AUGAAAUUCCUCGUCGCACUCGCUUGUUUGGUAGCUGUUGCCUACGCUGUCGAUGACGUACAAGUCCUUCGUAACGAGCUCAAUGUUCUACCAGAAAGCUAUGUAUACGGUUAUGAACUCGGAAACGGAGUUUCAGCUCAAGAAUCUGGAUCAUUGAAGAACUCUGAAGCUAUUUCUGCUCAAGGAUCAUACAAAUUCACUGCUCCAGAUGGUCAAACUUUCGAAACCCAAUACAUUGCUGAUGAGAAUGGAUACCAACCUACCGGUGCACACAUUCCAGAAAUCCCAAUCCUCAUCCAAAGGAGUCUUGCCUACUUGGCUUCAGCUAAGCCAUACGUCGAGAAGAACUAAGACGUUCGAUGUUUGAUGUUUUAUGGUAUAUGAGCAUUAUUAGUUGUUUGUUUUAAACAAAAUGUAAGUUUUUCUAAGUCAUUCCUUGUGUUAUUAUAUAUAUAAAAAAAUAAAGUAUGUUUUGUUGUUAAAUUGUUGCAAAAAAUAUU